CCUCCCUCCCAACCAACGCAGAGAGCGCCAUUUGCAAGCCUUCAACUUUUUUUUUUGUGUGUUCUUUCGUCAAUCGUUUUCUUCACCUUCUCCAGCGAUGUCAUGGUUAGCUCGAUCCUUGGCGAACUCGCUUCGUCUCGAUGAAGAAGACGAUGAGGAAGACGACAACCUCGAAAACGACGUCGUAUCCGACAACACGCAAUCUUCAACGCCAAGACGAGGAGAUGCUCUGGGAAACGCGAAUUUAAUGGCGUCUUCACCGGAGGAGGAGGCUCGGGCGCAUGGGGUGAAGGAUGACCUGACGGAACUCGGACAGACCCUCACGCGGCAAUGGCGGGGCGUGGCGAAUUUUCUCGCGCCGCCUCCUGAUGUUGUUGUUCGUGCAGGAGGAGGAUCGUCUUUCAAUCUGUCGGAUUCGGGCUUCAAUCGAUCCCAACCUUCGGAUCGGUCUGAUUCGAGAAUGGAGAGCGAUUCGGCGAUUGGAGGUAGGGUUGGGAGAUUGGACACGGAGACAAGGGAGAUGGUUUCGGAUAAUCAUCCUUUCAGGUCGGAAGGAAAAGAGGAUCGAGAGAAGGACGAUGAAUUUGAAGAAGUGGAGGAGGAGACAGAGACAGAGGAAGAGGAAGAGGAGAUCGAUGCGGUUGGUGUUACAGAUGAAGUGCUUGCAUUCGCGAGGAACAUUGCAAUGCACCCAGAAACUUGGUUGGAUUUUCCUCUCGACCCAGAUGAAGAUCUCGAUGAUUUCUUCAUGUCUGAUGCUCAAAGAGGGCAUGCUCUAGCUAUCGAGUGUCUUGCUCCGAGAUUAGCUGCCCUCAGAAUAGAACUUUGCCCAUGCCAUAUGAGUGUAGGCUACUUCUGGAAAGUCUAUUUCGUUCUCCUGCAUUCAAGACUAAAUAAGUAUGAUGCAGAGAUUUUGUCUUCUCCACAGGUGAUGGAGGCGAGAGCGUUAUGGAUGAAGGAGCUUCAGAAACAAACGAACUCUGAAACCGACUGGUUUGGGAGAAGCGUUUCUUCUGUAAAAGAGAGUGGAGACACACGAGUUGAAGACCCUAUUCCAUCCUCAUCCAACUACUACGCUCCUCCCGAGUUUCUGUCUCCUAGAAUAUAUGCCUUUGAACCACCCUCCAUCAUGUCACAGCAUGAUCACGAGACAGUUAAAUACAUGUCUGAAAACACGGAAGCAGCAGCAUUUAUAGACAAGGCUGUAAUAGAGGAAGAACCAGUCCAUAAGACUGACAAAAGGGAUAUAACCUUCGGCCAAUCACCCAAAGCCUGGCCACUGGCUUAUGCAGGCUAUGAUGACGACAAUGAUGAUGAUGAUGAUGACUGGCCCGAAGAGGAAGAUUCCACUUAUGGUGGAACCAUUAGGGCUUCCAUGUUCACGGUGAACGAAGAAGAGGUGUCUUUUAGCGAUCUUGAAGGGGAUGACGAUAUCAGUAGCCUGGCUCUAAAAUGUAAGAUGAUCUCGAAAGAUACAGAACGGGAAAACAGCUUAAAAGCCUCGGGAUAGUACCGAGGUCAUUCCAUCUGGGUUCUGAAUUCUAACACGACGAGCAAAGGAUGUUACUCUGGUCUUGUUCGGGAGAUCAGAAGCAUCGAUACGGGGUUUUGGCUGAAGACAGUGUCUAUUUAGCAACCUUUGUACAUACCUAAAGGAUGCUUGGUGAGUGUUGAAAGUGUGAAUGGAAGUUUUGGUGAGUUUUUAUUGUUUAUUGGGAGCAAUGUGAUACAAAGUUGUCUUGUUCUUCAUUCUCAGGAGAAAGAAUGAAAAAAAAAAGAUUCAUACUUUUUGGUCUAA